UAUAGUCAAUCGUUCGGAGCAGAUCGUUGCUUUGUGACUUUUAGAUCACAUAAAUAAAAAUUUUUAAAAAUUUAUUAAUAAUUUUUGCAGUCAUAACGAUAUAAACAAUAUAAAAAACGAAUGCAAAACCGAGAACAAUGUCCAUCAAUCAAAACGAAGUAACUCACAAAGAGUUCAUUGAUCUACGAAUCCCAAUGCCCUGGGGUUAUGUUGUUGGACGUUGGUAUGGCAAUCGUAAAGUAAGACCCAUAUUGGCCCUGCAUGGUUGGCUGGAUAACAUGGGAACGUGGAAUACAUUGAUCCCACUGCUACCGGAACACAUUGGCAUACUCUGUAUCGACUUGCCGGGCCAUGGUUUAUCACCAAAACUGCCGCGGGGUAUUGUCUAUCACGCCGUCGACUAUGUGUGUGUGAUUUUGCGAAUCAUGGAAGAAUACCAAUGGCAAAAGGUUUCAAUUCUGGCGCAUUCAAUGAGUUCGAUGAUCUCCUUCAUUUUCGCCUCACUUUACCCCGAUCGUUUAGACAUGUUGAUUAGCAUCGAUAUUGUUAAAACAAGAUAUAGGCCACCCAGUGCUCAAAUUGAACACAUACGGAAUAAUAUUGAAAAAUAUCUCAUUGAAGAUGAUCGUUUACAGUUGGCCAAUCAAAUGGAACCACCCUCGUAUAACCGCGAACAGCUAAUGCAAUUGAUGUUCGAGGGCACAAAUCGUUCAGUGACCAUAGAGAAUUGUUCGUAUAUCUUGGAACGUAAUAUCACCAAAUCCACCAAAUAUCCGGAUAAGUAUUAUUUUUCACGUGACGGUCGUGUUAAGUAUUAUUUUGAAUUCACCACUUCACCACCGUUUGCCGCUGAACUGGCACGUCGGAUACACGACGUACCCUAUUGUGUGAUCAAAGGGUCUCAAUCGAAUUUUAUUGAUGAGCAAAGCGAUGAAGUCAUUGAGAUUUUAAAAAGCAAAAAUCCGCAUUUUGAGCUACACGAAAUCGAAGGUACCCAUCAUGUACACCUGAAUAAUCCUCAGGCUGUGGCUGCCGUAUUGUGUACCUUUAUUAACCGCCACAGACCUCCAAUGAUAGAAACUUGGUCACUACGUGAGGAUAUGGAGGAGGACGAAGAACGCGAAGAGAAACAGGAUGAGGUGAAGAGUGAAAAGAAUAUCAAGUCGAAAAAGAGAAAAAGUAAAUUAUGACUGUUGCCUGUAUCUGUAAUGGAUGGUAGCAGUCGUGAUCUGGAUAUUACAUGGAAGAGUGCUUGUAUGUGUUUGGGAAAUUACAAAUGAUGCAACGCUAUAGAUAUUCAGCCAUAUGUAACCUCUUUAUAUGCAUACUAAAUAUUAUUAAUAAUCUUCACAACUUUAGAUUCGUAAAAAGUAUUAUAUUUAUUAUAUGAACAGAUGAUGAAAAAGAAA